CAGGUUAAUGUUCAACACUGAGCUUCCACAUGACAGCUCGCUGUUCAGAGCAGUCACUGAGCUGCACAUCACAAACAAACACGCCGUGAUUCCUGGGGACUCUUUUGCUUUUCCUGCUGAUUACAGACGUAAAGGAGCUCAGAGACACGUUCAUGUGAGCUGAGAUGGAGGCGAUGCAGUACGACCGGUUCUCUUCAUCAGAGACAGAAAACUCUCAGCGAUGUCGUAAUGAAUCUCCUUUAUACACACCGAACCAACAGAACCGUCGCAUUUACAUCAUGAUUGGCGCGCUUGCUGUCUUCCUGCUCCUGCUGACUCUCUCAAUGGGCAUUAAAAUCACUCAGGUGAACCAGCAGGUGUCAGAUCUGGUCUCCUCCAUGCAGGCCUACAGCACGUCGAAGAAAGCUGCCCAGACAGACUCACAUCCCACAGUGAUGCUGCCAGUAAGAGGUUCCUGUGAGGAAAAUUGGGUCUUUUACAAAAACAAGUGUUAUUACACAUCUACUCAGAGUCGGAACUGGCACAACGCAGAGAAGGACUGCGAUCUGAGAAGGGCUCAUCUGCUGGUGGUGAACGACCAGGAGGAGAUGGAGUACAUAUCUCAGGUGGUUGAUGACAACCUGAGUUAUUGGAUAGGUCUGAUCGAGGUAGAGGGUGAGGGAAAGUGGAGCUGGGUCGAUGGAACAGACUUUGAAUCGACUGAGCAUUUCUGGGACAAUGGCCAGCCAGAUGACUGGCACCAGCGUAUGAAUGGAGAAGACUGUGGGCAGAUUCAUCCAGUAAACAUCUAUGUAACAACACACAGGCUUUGGAACGAUGCAGACUGUACACUAAGUUAUAGAUAUGUAUGUGAGAGACCUGCUUAGUGGACACACACACACACACACACACACACACACACACACACACACACACACACACACACACACACACACACACACACUCAGUCAGACUAAAGAUGCAGCAGUCGUUUGCUAAUCUGUGUAAUGAUGUGUGGAAAAAUAAAACCAUGAUAAAGAUACAAA